AUGGCUCAAUCUCAGUUCGAAGUGAAAGUUAUUCCAUCAAAAGAGGAGUAUGCCCGCCUGGUCGACGUCCUCUGGGCCGCGAAUUUCAAUCCAUACAACCCCGUUUUCACUGCUGUCCACCCAAUUAGUGGCCAUACACCCGAAGAUCGCGCCCGAGAUAAAGCCCUCGACACCGAAAUUCGCUGGAAUGCAAGCGAAAAGAAUCCCUACUCGCAGCUGAUAUACGUUAUCGAUAAAGAAACAGGCGAAGUGGCGGGAGGUUGUGAAUGGCUUAUUUUUCACGAAAACCCAUUCCCGAAUGGGCCUCAACCUAUCAAGUGCACCUGGUAUCCUGAGGGAACAGAGCGCGCCGAGUACGCGGAGUGUAUGCUUUCUCAAGCAUUUUUUCCACGGCAAUCUUGGUUUCAGCGUCCACAUGCUGGUGUCAAUGCCAUGGGCGUACACCCCAAGUAUCGACGACGUGGGGUUGGGCGACUUCUUAUGGAAUGGGGUCAUGAGAAAAUUGAUCCACUGGGCUAUGAGAGUUUCAUUGAAGGUAGUCCGAUAGGACGUUGGUUGUAUGAGAAACAUGGAUAUCGGCGAGUGAUGGGUUUACAUGUUGAUUUUGACAAGCAAAAUCCGAGUGAUGAGUGGUUGCGGUUAGUGCAUGAGUGCAAGCCGCCCGGCAUUUUGCUUCUUUGGAGGCCGCCUCGAGGAGAAUGGACCGAGAAGGUCCCUUCUGGUCCUUGGGCAGUCACUGAGCAGACAUUCAAGUAG